AUGAGCGUCUUCCUGAUCACGAUUCCGGUGCUCAUCGCAACGACAAAGGAGCCGGCAAAGUUGGUCAACCAAUGGAGACGUGUGUAUCUCAGCGGUCACGUCAAAGGACCGGCCAUAGCAACAACUACGGGUCUCGUCUACGUCUAUGCGGCCUGGAGCAAAUACGCAGCCGGCGAGCCGUGGCGUGUUUUUGCCCUCGCCGGAGCGACGACGGUUUCCAUCGUGCCUUACACCUUGACUUUUAUGCAAGGGAUCAACAAUGCGCUUUUCCGUGCCGAUGCUCUGACUGGCAAGGGAGUUGAGCCCUCGUGGGCCGAUGCCGAGACGUUGGUGCUUCGAUGGGGCCGGCUUAAUGCUAUUCGGGCGUUGAUUCCUCUCGCCGGGGGGAUCAUUGGACUUUUGGGCACUUGCCAGGUGUUGUCAUUUUAG